AUGCAUACAAAUCCAGAAAAUGGUAAAAGGCUUGAGAAAAGAAGUUUAUCAUUUGGGAUGGUGAAAGAAAAUGCAAAACAGCUCCGACUCAAAGGUGCCCUUUUGAACUCGCUCGUCUUCGUGGCCCUCAUCACACUCGCCAAUGUCUUAUUGGUCCUCCUCUUCUACCUCAGGAUGCUAGACAUCCUAAAUUUAGAAUAUGCAGGUAUUGCCUCACGAACCCGAAUUGACAUGGAACCUUCUACUAACAUCACCGAGACGACCACCAAGACCACGCCAAUUUCCGAUCACGAAACCACCAAACUCGCAAACCUAAAGGCGCACGCCCAUUCUAAUCCUCCACCGUUAAUCGUUCCCAAAAUCACGCUCCACCCCAAUAUUAAUAACCCUCGACAAAAGCAUCUAACUCGCUCCUCCUCCACCAACUCGUCCCCCGACUCCCCACUCGACGACGACCCUUUCAACGACUCGGAUGACGACAACUCGAGCACAAAUUCCUUCUCCCCUCGUGCCCACAAACCCAAUAACACCUUACCACCACCCAACACCAGCAUCGAUCUUAACAACAACAACAGCAACAACAAAAACUCAUCAGCAACGACAACAACAGACCGCGGCGCGGGGCCCGCGCACCGAAUUCCGUCGUCGGUGUUCGCCCGGACCACGUCGUCGGGCGCGGGCGCCGACUGGAGUGUGGCGUCGAACGAGUCGUUGUUCAGCAUCCACGGGGCGAGCUUCCGGAACAGCCAUGUAAUCGGGCAGUCGGGGGAGCUGGCGGGAGGGCCCACGGAGAGGGAGUUGAUUUUGUCGGACCACAUAUUCAGCUACCCGGUGCGGCAGCCGAGGUGCACGGAGGCGAUGAGGAGUCGGGAGCUCGGGCGAGCAGAGGCCACCAUGAAGGAGGUGAUUCAGGAGAGCGAGUCCCACCAGCAUUACGUGGCUACCUUGGCCGAGACAUCGAAGACCACGCGGACCAGCACCAAGUCUUUUGCCUUUUCAAUAAAAGCAGGGGACUCGCCAAAAGAUGCCUCGUCCGUGCCAGAGGCUCACGUGCGAUGCCAAUCGCAAAUGGUGCUACCAAAGGCGGACGAUCGGUCGGCCCCACAACCGUCGACAAAUAGUGACCCGAAAGCUAAUCCGGCACCACCACCAAGUUUGGCUCGCACGAGAUGGCCCUCUUGCUUUUCCUGCUGCUCAAUUUGGUGAACUAGUUUGAGUGUGUUUAGUGCGAGAAAUUGUGGACAAAAUUGUACAAUUUUUAAAAGAAAAAAAAGGAAGAGAAAAUCUAUGUUAGUGAAAAUAUUUUGUGUACUGACAUUUGUUAAUACAGUGUUAAUAAUUUGCAAAUAUUGAAAGGAAAGAGUGAUGAAU